AUGUUCGGAAGAAUCUGGAUCGGGCGGGUCAGCGGCGUGGAGCGACGCAGAGCUGGAGUCGCGCCGCGCGGCGCUCCUCGCGCAGCUGCACGAGCACGAGGCGGACUGACGCCGCGUCACGCACGUGCACAUCUUCAACCGCUACCCGGCGCGCCGCCGCCACUGCGCGCGCAGUCCGCACAGUCCGCCCCCGCCCCCCGCUCCGCCCGCGCCCACUCCGCCGCCGACCCCGCAGUACUGCUACAAGAAACUUGCUAUCAAACCACCCAGCCCGCCAGAGGACUUUGCUCGACUAUA